CCCAAUCUGCCCGAAUCGCCGCACUAUCUCCACUUUGCUAGUUGGCGAUUCCAUGGCGACACGCCCCUUCCCACCUCUCCUGCGUCUCCGCAGUUCUCUGCUCCCUUCGUCGCCCCUUCUCGCCCUCCUCUCUCUCUCCUCCCUUCGCUGCCGCACCACCAAGCGGAGGCUCGCAUCGCUGCACUUCCUUCCGUCGCCUCCGAGAACCUUCCGGAGUCUCGCCACCGUCACCGCGCCGCCCGUGGUGGUCGCCGAGGACGACAAGUACGGGAGGAAGCAGGUCAUCAGCGUCACGCCUCAGCUCUACGGCUACAUCUUGUCCAAUGUCCGCGAACCUCCGAUCCUUCGUGAGCUUAGAGAAGAAACAGCGACUAUGCCAGGGAGCCAGAUGCAGGAUUUUUUGGACCUAGCAGAACACAAGGUAUCUCCGGAUCAGGCCCAACUACUAGCAAUGCUUGUACAGAUUCUUGGGGCACAACGGUGCAUUGAAGUUGGCAUCUACACGGGAUACUCUUCUUUAGCUAUUGCACUGGUGUUACCUGAAUCGGGUCGGUUAGUUGCAUGUGAAAGAGAUGUGAAAUGCCUUGAAAUUGCAAAGAAGUAUUAUGAGCGUGCUGGCGUUUCUCACCAGGUGGAUAUCAAACAUGGCUUAGCAGUGGAAUCAUUAAGAUCCUUAAUCCAAAAUGGUGAAUCUUGCAGUUAUGAUUUUGCAUUUGUGGAUGCUGAGAAGCGGAUGUACAGUGAAUAUUUUGAGCUUCUAUUGCAACUGGUUAGGAUUGGGGGCCUGAUUGUCAUUGAUAAUGUUCUUUGGCAUGGAAAAGUUGCUGACCCUCAGGUGAAUGAUUCCAAGACCAUCAGCCUAAGAAACUUCAACAGAAAAAUUCUUGAAGACAAGCGCAUCAGCACUAGUAUGGUGCCGAUCGGCGAUGGCAUGACAAUAUGCCAGAAGAGAGCAGAUAUUUGAGCCAGUGUUAGGAAUCUCCACACCGAACAACUACUUCUCUGCAACAGAAGAGGUAUUCCAUGAAUAGUUCUUGAACUGAGACUCUUAACUAAAUAAGAGCGAAUUGAAGGAAGAAGCUUUCAUUGUGGUUUAUAAUCCCAGCUGAUCACUUAUCAAUUGUGCUUUAAUUUACUCGAGAAAUAUAUCAUUUACAAAUUGAAGUUUCCAACAAGAUGGCACCCACAUAUGACUGAAACUAAAACCAUUGACAAUUGUAUGCAUGUUUGUUUAAAUUAUAAAGUAAGCAUUUAAUUUUGAACA